GACUAAGUCAGGUUAUAGUGACCAUGGGUAGAUGCUUCAGCCCAUUCAGUGCCUUAGCUCAGGUGGCGCGAAGGAAUUUUUCCAUAGGUGCCGAUACUGGUGGACCUAAAAUACGUUCAUUUGCUAAACCUCAUGCUAGUAGAUGGAUCAAAAGAUUAGAACGUAUGCAACAGAAGAAGAAGUUCGCUUUGUCUAAAUCAGCAGCACUUCAAAUUCCAGAACAUGAGACAUUUUCAGAAAGCGACGUUGCUAAUUUAAAAAUAAAACCACAAGUUGCCAUAUGGAAUAGUAGACGGUGUGGAGUACUGGCAUAUAAACUCGGUUGUAUGUCUCUUUGGGAUGACUGGGGAGAAAGACACAUGGUUACCGUAUGCCACGUUGAUAGAUGCGUAGUAUUAGAAAAAAGAACUAUAGCCGAGCAUGGUUACGAAGCAGUGCAACUCGGCUUAGGUUAUCGGAAUAUCAAUCGUCAGUCAAAACAAAAUAUAGGACGAUUCAUUAAAGCAGGAGUAGGAUCUAAAGACCAUAUUGCUGAAUUUAAGUGCUCAAGUGAUUGUUUAUUACCAGUCGGGCAUUAUAUGAGUGUAAGGCACUUUACACCUGGUCAGUGGGUAUUUGUUUCAGGUUGGUCACAACCAAAGGGAUUCCAAGGUGCAAUGCGAAGGUGGCACUUUGGAGGGCAAAACGCUAGUCACGGAACAGAGUGUAAAGCGCAUAGCGCUCCCGGGUCAAUCGCUCAGGGGAAAUCUGCACAUAUCGUCUGGAGAGGCACAAAAAUGGGCGGCCAUAAAGGCCCAGACCCAAGAGUUACCAACUGUAGAGUUUUUAGAAUAGAGGCACAUCGCAAUCUUAUAUUCCUUAAAGGAACAGUACCGGGUGAUGUGAUGAGUGUUUUAAAAAUACGAGACGCAUUAGGAAUAUGUGUACGAAAAAACAGAGGGUUGCACAUACAUUAUCCAACAUUCGUCCCCAAAUCAGGUCAAGCGUAUCCAGUGACUCUACAGGAGCCACCUAAAGAACGUGAUCCGUUCUUGUUCCCGGAAGAUCCCAUGUAUGACCACCAUCAAUCGCAAUAAUCAUAUAUAAAAUGAGGCGGCUGGUUAGCAUAUACAUUAUUU